AUGAACUAUAAUGCACCACUCUCUCCAAUUGAUCACAAACAACUCAAAUCACUCAAGGAGCUUCUUAUUGGAGAAGUUUUAAAGACCAAAAGAGGUAUUAACACAGUAGUUUUUUCAAAAAAAUUAGAAUUGCUCAAAGAUUUUUGUAUUCAAGGAAGCUCUGAUGACAUCAAAAGGUGCAUUGCUUGCGGGAUAAUUUGGAUUCCUAAUGGUGUUUUUAUCUGCGUUCAGAGAUUAAGCCAAUUACUUGGGAAGUGCAAAUCCUCUGUUAAUGGCUCUUUCCGUGCCCUUGGGUAUAUGAAUAUAAACUCCCAGAAAAUAGUUUCAAAGCACCUUUCUGACAUUUUGAACACUUACCAGUAUAAGGGAUUGGAUCUCAAAGAAUGGUCAGUUAGAAUAAAUAUGAACAGACAAGAACCUCAAGUUUACAUGAUGGCCGAUCCAAUCGAGAAAAUAGUUCCUGAGUCAAACGACUUCUGGGAUAUCAUUGAUUCCCCAGAGUUUGAUUAUGCGAAUUUUACUUCUUUUAAUUUUUAA